AAAUCCGGCCAAUCGGCUCCUUCUUCUUCCUUUACCGCCAUCGGAGAGCCGCUCCCGCACCCGCACCGCAGCCGCUCCGCUAUUUCAUCUUGUAACACGAUGGCAGACCUUGAUAACAAAGAGCAGACUGAGCAUGAUCAAAAAGAGGACAUGGAGGAUGUGGAGGAUAUAGAAGAAGAGGAAACCAGUGAGGAUGUAGAUAGCAAAGCUCGGCAGCUUACAGUUCAAAUGAUGCAGAACCCGCGGAUUCUGGCAGCGCUACAAGAGCGACUUGACGGUCUCGUAGGAAAUCCAUCUGGUUAUCUAGAAAGUUUGCCUAAAAUCGUUAAGCGACGUGUAAAUGCUCUCAAGAAUCUCCAGGUGAAAUGUGCACACAUAGAAGCCAAGUUCUAUGAAGAAGUUCAUGAAUUGCAAAGAAAGUAUGCUGCUCUUUAUCAACCACUUUUUGACAAGAGGAGUGAUAUCGUCAAUGCUAUCUUUGAGCCCACAGAAGAAGAAUGCAAAUGGCAAGGCGAUGAAGAGGAGGAACUGUCGGUAAAUCCGGAUGAAAUGAAAGAGAAAGCAAAAGUAGAGGAAGAGAAAAAAGAUGAAGAAAAGGAAGCUCCAAAAGGAAUACCAGACUUUUGGUUGACAGUUUUCAAGAAUGUUGACUUGCUGAGUGACAUGGUUCAGGAGCAUGAUGAACCAAUCAUAAAGCAUUUAACAGACUUGAAGGUGAAAUUUUCAGAUGUUGGACAACCAAUGAGCUUUACUUUGGAGUUCUCCUUCGAGCCAAAUGAAUACUUUACAAAUGAAUUGUUGACAAAGACAUACAAGAUGAGGUCGGAACCUGAUGAGUCUGACCCUUUUUCAUUUGAUGGACCAGAAAUCAUGGGAUGCACGGGGUGCCCUAUUGACUGGAUGAAGGGAAAGAAUGUCACAAUGAAAACUAUCAAAAAGAAGCAGAAACACAAGGGACGUGGCACUGUCAGGACAGUUACAAAAACUGUACCCACUGACUCUUUCUUCAACUUUUUUAGCCCUCCUGAGGUUCCAGAGAAUGGAGAUUUGGAUGAAGACUCUGAAGCAAUCCUAGCUGCUGACUUUGAAAUUGGUCACUUUCUACAUGAACGUAUAAUUCCACGAGCAGUGUUGUAUUUCACAGGAGAAGCCAUUGAAGAUGACGAUGAUGAUUAUGAUGAAGAAGGUGAAGAAGCAGAUGAUGAGGAAGGUGAGGAAGAAGCAGAUGAAGAAAAUGACCCAGAUUAUGACCCUAAGAAGGACCCAACCCCACCAUCAGAGUGCAAGCAGCAGUGAAGUCUGCUAAUGUGGCCUUGAGGAAUAACUGCACUGUACUGGCUUAUUAUACACAACUAAUAGUUACUUAACAGCCUUAUAAAGUUUUGUAUUUUCUUGGUAGAACAGGUUUCAAUUAACACUUUUUUGUUAAUCAUGAGCCCUCAAAUCAGCCAGUUCAGACCAUGGUUGCUACUCAUUUUACAUUUUUUUUUAUUGGCUAUAGAUGGAAUCGGGUUUAAAAAAAAAUUCAUGAAAUCUCAUCAUCAGCUACACAAUUUGGGUUCUUCAUAAUAACUUGCAUUGUUAGAGGUAAUACCUAUGGAAGGCUUUUAGGACCUGCAAAAUUCAGAGACCAAUAUUUGUUUAGAAAUAUUCUGCUGGAGAACAAUCAACCAAAGUAAUUAUCCUUUUCUUCAGCCCAGUUGUCUGAAUGGAUUAAACUGUGGAUAGAUUCAUUUUGUAGUUGAAUCUGUGUAAAGUGGACUUUAUACAAAAUGAAAUAAAAUUGUGAAACAUGUCUGUGCUCACACUAGCUGUGCCUUCAUUACUCUGGUGUUCCUGUAAACAUGCAAUCACAGUGAGUUGUCUACUGGGAGACGUACAUAUUAAAGUUCUAUGACUGGGUGAAGUUUCUAGAAGAGUCAGUGGAAGGUUUUCAAAACGUGCAACCAUGUGUCCUGUUCAUACAUUGCUUAAUUAUGCUAUGGUUUCCAUUUCAUUUGUUUUAAUGUGAGAUUGUGAAAACAAUGAAGCUUAACCACCACCUAAAAAGGUCAUACUCUGUAUCACUUGGGGUGUGAAUAAAAACUAGUAUUUUCAGA